AUGGCUACUUAUCACAUCCGCAAGUACCGGGAGAGUGACCACAAAGAGGUUAUAGAAUUGUUCUCCGUGGGGAUGACUGAGAACAUCCCUGCCACCUUCCGCCACUUGCUGAGGCUGCCCCAAACCUUGGUGCUAUUAUGUGGGGGGCCCCUCACCCUAUUCCUGGUUUCUGGCUCCUGGCUCCUGGCCCUCAUGGCCAGCCUUGCCCUUCUUGCAGUCCUGAGGUUCCUUGCCAAGUAUCCCUGGACUGAAUAUGUAGCCAUGUCUUUGAAUACAGACAUGUCUGACAUCACCAAAACCUACCUCAGCAAGCAGGGUUCCUACUUCUGGGUGGCUGAGUGUGAGGAGCAGGUGGUGGGCAUGGUGGCAUGUCUGCCAGCUGAGGAUUCAACCUUGGAGAGGAAGCAGUUGGAGCUAUUACACCUGUCUGUGGCCUUGGAGCACCGUGGUCAGGGGAUGGCGAAAGCCCUGGUCAGGAUGGUCCUCCAGUUUGCCCGGGACCUAGGCUACAGUGAGAUCAUUCUGUCUACCACUGCAGUACAGUACUCCGCAAUUGGCCUUUAUCAGAGCCUCGGCUUCCAGAAGGUUCAUGAGUAUUUCUUUUCCACGGGCUUUAGGAUAACCUCUGUUGCUACAAUUCGUUUUAUCUACUGCCUUCCCUCGCCUCAGGUCUGUCAGGCACCGCAGCAAGGCGGGGGACUGUGA